AUGUUUCGCAACCGAAACAAUACUCAGAAGCCUGAUGACGACUUCAUCAGUCGCUUCCAACAGACCUUUUCCGAUGUAGUGCCUCGUCGCGAGGGCGAAGAGGAUGAACACCCGGAUUACAUGGGUGAUCCUAUGAUGGCUGGAAGAUCACAGAUGCAAGGUCACGACGUAAAGUUGGAGGAUCACCACAAUAUGAAAUUCAUGCCCCAGCGCACACCUCGGAACCUGCAAGACCUCAAUUUUUCACCCUCAUGGCUGGAUUCAGGAUCAGUGAAUAUGGUCCCCAUGGCCAAUCAGCAUCCCGGCUUCUACACACCCAACUCCGGUGGUUUGGGUGCUAUAUUCCACAGCCAGGCAGGCGACCUCCACACACCAACCGCCGGCUUGCACACUAUGACUCCCCUCUCCCUUACAAAUCCCAUCACAGGCCCUCAUCAACACCACCCUGGAAUGAGCCAUUUUAGUCCGCAAUAUCUCCAACACCAUCACCAGAUGCCUGAAAUGAACCCAUACAUGCAAAGCUCCUACGCGCCAAGUGCAUUCAUGCAGCGUGACGCGGGUUACGACGUUAUGGACGAGACGGUGGAUGAUUCAUCUGUCAACGGAAUUUCAAUCGAUCAGAUGUCCAAUGCUUCCGGUAUAACAGCCUCGACCGAUUUUUCAUCGGCUCCUGGGACACAUCCUCCGAUUGGCGUAUCCUACGCCGGUGAAAAUUUCCGCUAUAAUGUUUCCUUGCGCGCCCCAACCGCAAUGGUCAAGCACGCGAGGGAAAUCCCCGUGUCUUACCUCAACAAGGGUCAGGCCUAUAAUUUAUCGGUGGUGGACUCAGCCCCUCCGAUUCCGAGCUCCGGGCCACUACGUUACCGCACAUUUGUUCGCGUCUCAUUCGAAGAAGAAGAGCAAAGAUUGAAGCCAUCCGCCUGCUGGCAAUUAUGGAAGGAAGGCCGGGGUACCAGCGAAGCCCACCAACGCGGGGGCAAACUUUUGGCUGUGGAAUAUGUCGAUCCGCUCCAGGGUGGUGAUGAACAUACUAAGCACCGCCAGCUGCAAAUAGAGCAGAUGUCCUUUGAUGGGUUCUGCGUGACUUGGACCGCCAACCCGGCUACCGGCUCUUCCGACUGCAGUAUCCCCGUGCGUUUCAAUUUCUUGUCUACCGACUUCAGCCACUCGAAGGGUGUAAAGGGUAUCCCGGUCCGACUCUGUGCGAAGACCGAACUCAUUUCACCCGGAACUGAUGCGGGGGGUUCGAACGAGCCGGAGGUGUGCUACUGCAAGGUCAAGCUUUUCCGGGACCACGGUGCUGAGCGAAAAUUGUCCAACGAUAUUGCCCACGUUAAGAAGACCAUUGAAAAAUUGAAGCAGCAGAUCUCACAGGCUGAGUUGGGUGGUGGGUUUGGCAAGCGCAAGCGUGGCACCAAUGCUGCACCAACCGUGAAAUCUACCAUCGACCGGACCAAGCCUCCGUUGAAGCACAAGCGUACUUGGUCAUCUGGUUCACAAGAUGGCUCCGAUAAGCUAUCAUUGGAGGAUGAUUUACAAUCCAAGUUGGCCAUGAUGCAGGACAUGUUUUCGUCAACUCGUACAAUGAGCAUUCUUGCUCUUCGUGGUGAAGAGGGUGAUGAUCCCGAUCAGUACCCUGUUCGUUUACCGGCGGAAGGCGAGUCUGUUAAAACAGAUGGUUUGAGCCGUAUGAACUCCAGUGCCUCACAGUCUAUGGAGUCAUUGAUUCUUUCACCUACCAGCAGUCAUGCCUCAUUGAAUAUGCACUCGCCACACAAUGGUUCCAUUCAGUAUUUGAAGGAUAAAAAUCAAAACCCAAUUCAUGUUCCACGAGUCUCAUCCAAGGAUCGAGUCUCACAAGGAUAUAUCGAGGCUGUGGAUAUUGAUCCUACUUACCGACCUCCUGCCGAGCGACCGCCCAAGCCGAUUGCAUGCUUUUACGUUCGAUUCUCAGGGAAUGAAAAUCAUCCCGGAGAAUAUUACCGUGCCAUUUACUUAACCGAGCGCACUGUCCGGGACUUGAUGAAGAAAAUCUCCGAGAAGCAUGAAAUCGACCCUUCAAGGAUAGUUCGCAUCCUGCACGUCAACGAAGCCGGAUUACGAAUCAUGGUCGAUGACGACGUGGUCCGCGAACUACCUGAAGGCCAAGACAUGGUUGUCGAUAUUUAUGAAACGCCGGAUGUUGAAAUCAAGCAAAGCUACGACUCGCCUGUCUCACCUGGCUCCCCAGUGGAGAUCAAAUUAACAUAUUAA